AUAACUGGGGACCUUUUAUGGAAUUUACUCUACAAAAUUUGAGCUAGUUAAUACAUGAAGCUCCUUAUCUUCCAUUUUCACGCUUCCCAAUUUUCUCUCCUUAUCUUCAAUUUCAACUCGGUGGAGAUUUCCAAGAAGCUGAAUCGUCAAUUACCUCAAGGCACUGACUCCUCCUCCAAUGGCGUCUUCUACCUCCUUCCUCUGGUACGAUCUCAUCGACGGCUGAGAAGCUGCUUUCACGGUCUUCGCCCCGACCGAUUCAUCUCUCUUUGCGCUGGACAUGGUGAAUUCGGCGUUCGAUUACGCCGCCAUUCUCCGCUGCCACGUCAUCCCUCAGCGUCUUUCUGUCCGCGGCCUCAAUAGGCUCUGUUCUGAAUCAUCUCUCUGCACUCUAGCCGCCGAUCAUGAUCUCCGCGUAGAGAGCCGUUGCUCUACACCGUCUGGUGACGUCAUAUCUGUCGACGGCGUAGUCGUCGUUGCGUUAGGACUGUUCUAUGCCCGCAACAUCGCGGCUCAUGGCUUGAAAGGGAUUCUCAACUGUAGAUCUCGUCGAGCUACUCAUGAUGAUGUUACUGGUGCGGCAGCCGGCAACGCCUUCUAGGAGUAAACUGCCGGCAGCUACUCAAACAGAAUCUCAUUCGGAAUUCAAUCUCACCAUCACCAAGUCCAAUGCCCCUGUCUCACAUCGCUUCAAAAAAAAAAGGCCGUCCGUGUCCACUAAUUUUCUGUUGAUAAUUCAUCAAUAGAUGUCAAUCCGAGUGGAGAAAGCUUCAAUUUGACGCCAUCUCCGUCUAUUGAUCUCUCCAAAUCAGGUUUCAUCACUGAUUGAAUAGAAUUCACAUAUUCAUCAUUUUGACUUUGCCAUCUCUGUUUCAUCUUCAUCAUAACUGAUCCUCAUUCAUCUUCUGUUCAUUAUAUUAGUUCUCAGAUUGAGUAUCCAAUUUCAUUCUCAUUCUCAUGAGUCAUGAUUGAAAUGUUUCGUUCAAUCAUUUUCCUUCACUUCUGAAAUUCAGAAGUUUCAUCAUUAAUCAAUUUCACUCAAUCGGUUUGAUUGAGUUUCACUCGUAUCGUUUUGAUCGAGUUUCACUCGUAUCGUUUUGAUCGAGUUUCACUUUCAUCAUCAUCCGGUUUUCGGUUUAUUUCAUCAAUUGCUUUUGUCAAUUGAUUUCAUUUCAUCCUUUGAUGUUUUCGUGUGUAUUCAUCAAUUGAUUUGUCAUCUCAUCUUCAUCAUCCGUUGUUGUAUGAUUCAAGUUGCUGGUUGGAUGUCAAUAAAAGAGAUAUUCCAAAGACCAUCAAAUUCUUCACUCAAGGGACAGAACUGUGUUGCAACGUACCCCUGCAGCUGCAGUUGAUAGGCUACCAUCAGUUGCCUAUUCUGAUAACCCAUCCACCAGUUUUGCUGCAAAGUUUGUUCAUACAUCCCUAAACAAAAACCGUUGUUCAAUUAAUCGUGUUGUGUGGACACCUACUGGGAGAUGUCUUAUUACUGGAUCUCAAAGCGGUGAAUUUACUCUCUGGAAUGGGCAGUCUUUUAACUUUGAAAUGAUUCUUCAGGCUCAUGAUCAAGCGAUCAGAUUGCUUCACUCAAGCUGCCCUCUGUGAAGGUUUCCCAAAGGCUUUUUGGAUUUCCCAAAGGCACUACUGCACUAGGUUGCAUCCUCAUUGAUGUAGUAUCAAGUGGUUUUGUCACAAUGGCAGUACAAGCCCCAGCAGCAAUGAUCAAAUUGGUAGAACACGAGCAAAUUCCUGGAUGUACUUGAAAAGGAAGAGAAACAUCCUAACAUCACAAUAGGAGUCAUUGUUCAAGCUUCUAUUUGGUGGAAAGAAGCAAUUAUCCUAUGAAACUUGUUGAAGAAUCAAUGAAGAGUGAUGCUGCAGAGAGUUCAAAGUUCAAACCAAAGCAAAGAUCCUAAACCAGAAGCUUACUGUUUUGAUCAAUGGGUUUUUCAUCUACAUACACAUUGAAGUCAACACAAAUUUUAUUCCAUUGCAAGUUGAAGUUGUUCCCACCUUCAACUUGAGGGGGGGUGUUGGUGUAAACCACCAUUUAUCUUGUUUAGUUGAUUAGUUACACAGUUUAUUAGUUUGUUAGGAAGAUAUUUUUGGUUGUUACUUGUUUUUCAUUUUCUAUAUAUAGGAGCUAAUCAUGUAAUACAAAAUUUGAGCUAGUUAAUACAAUUUGAUCCUUUCA